GCCCGGCCGGAAGCGGCGCGAUGGCGGCCCGAGCCCGGCCCGGUGCAGCCGUGGCCGCGGCCCCGGUUCCCCGCGGCCCCGCGGGCUGAGGCCGUGCCCGUCCGGUACCCUCUCCCGGUGCGUCCCCCGGUCCUGCCGCCGCCAUGGCGCUCAUCGAGGGCGUCGGCGACGAGGUGACGGUGCUGUUCGUGCUGCUGCUGGCGGCCGCCGUGCUGGGGCUCGCCUGGGCCUCCACGCGCGCCCCCGAGCCCGCGGCGCCGCCGACUGAGGCGGCCCCGAGCACGGUCCCUGCCGAGCGCAAGGACCCGGCCCCGGCCGAGGGAGCGGCGGCCCCCGAUGAGGCGGCGGGGCUGCGGCAGCGGCACCCUCCUGCGGCCGCCUCCGAGGGCCCCGCCGAGCCCACGCUGGUGCUGCGGCUCAAGUUCCUGAACGACACGGAGCGCCUGGCGCGGGUGCGCCCCGGGGACACGGUCGGUGCGCUCAAGAGGACCUACUUCCCCGGGCAGGAGCAGCAGGUGCGGCUGAUCUACCAGGGGCAGCUGCUGCGCGACGAUGCCCAGAGCCUGGCAGGGCUGCACCUGGGCCACCUGAGCGUCCUGCACUGCCACCUGUCCCCGCCCAGCGUGGCCCCCACGGCCCCCGGAACCCCUGGUCCCCACAGCCCUGCACCCGCUGCACUGGGCGUGGGCAGCCUGGCGCUGCCGCUCUUCGUGCUGCUGCUGGCCCUGCUCUGGUACCUGCAGCUGCAGCACCGCCACGUCUUCACCGCCACCGCCACCACCUGCCUGGCCGGCCUCACCCUGCUCGUCACCUUCGUGGCCUUCGCCAUGUACCGCAGAUAGCGCGGCCCGGAUCAGCACCUGGGACGUGGGGGACCUAGGGCCACACCUGGGACACUUAGAGCCUGCCCAGUCCACCUGGGACAUGGGGGGCUCUGCAUUCAGCCCUCCCAACAUAUCGGGGGCACAUGGGGUCUGCCCACUGCACCUGAACUGGGGGGGCUGGGCCCUGGACUGUGUCCCCCCCAGGGGCCCAGGGGUCCAGAGCAGGCACCCACCCAUGCCCUGUCUGCAUUCAGGGGCUGUUGCAGGAAUGAGGGCUCAGCUACCUCUGGCGGCGUCCCAGUGCCCCCUGUCCCUGCACGGAGCACCCCCCAGCCACUCUGCAUGCAGAAGCUUCUCGGGUGCGGUCCUGCCCGGGGUGGUGUCCGUGCCUGCGGAGCUUCUCCUCGUGGGAGAGCAGCUCCCAAGGGGCUGCUCCCGAGUGUCCCGGUGCUUGGGCAGGGGGACACAAGCCCUGGGGUGCCGAGGGUCCUGCUGCCGGCGGGAUGUGCUGUGACGGGGCGGUCCCGGUGCCGGGGGUCGCUGCACUCCCCACUUUCCCGGGGAUUCCGAUGCUGUGUUGGGGGGUCCCACCCCCCACCGCCGUUCCGAUUAAAGCGGAAGGACUGUGACCCGC